UUAAAGUCCCAAGUUUCUCCUUCACAAAUUCUUUUUCCCACCAAAAAAAAAAAACUUAAGUAUUUGUAUCUACUAUCAAAAGUGAAGGAAGAAAGAGCACAAGAACAAAAAACAAUGGCAGUAACAACCUUUCUAUCUACUACUAACACAUUCCCUCAUCACUCAUCAUCCAACUCUUUAUUACCUUCAUCAUUAACAUCUUCAUCAUCUUCACUUUCAUUUUCCCUUCAAAAAAACAAUGUUAUGAGACAAAAUUUAUUAGUAACCUUUUGCAAAUCAGAGUCAUCAUCAUCAUCAUCAUCUCCAUGUGUAAGCAAAAGAAGCUUUGCUCUUUCUCUAUCAUCUGCCUUACUUCUAUCAAUGGCAGGGAAAGGUGAGCCCCAUGCCGAAGCGGCGCCAUUGGAAGCUGAGGAUGAUUUGGAGCUCUUGGAGAAGGUGAAGAAGGAUAGAAAGAAAAGGCUUGAAAGACAAGGAGUUAUAAACUCAUCUACUAAGGAAAAAGGGUAUUUACAAGAUCUUGUGUACAAAUUAAGCGCGGUAGGCCAAGCUAUAGAAAGCAAUGAUCUUAAUGCUGCGAGUUCAGUUCUCGGCACUAGCACUGACACUGAUUGGAUUAAGAAGGCCAAUUCAGCCUUCACUAAGCUAAGCUUAGGUCCUGAGGAGACAGAAGAAGUUGAUAUGUUUAACACCUCAAUCUCAGAGCUGAUAUCAUCUGUGGCUCAGAAAGAUGUCGAAUCAUCUAAGAUCGCAUUUGUAUCUUCAGCUAGUGCGUUCGAGAAAUGGACUGCACUAACAGGACUUGAUGGACUUCUCAAGGGGCUUUGAAAGAGAUUUUUUUGAUUCUAACAGUGCUUCCUAUUCUGCCUUUUGAGUCAGAAUUGCAUCCACUUCCCCUGUUUAGUGUAGUUUUCAUACAAGAGUUGUAAAGACCCUCUAGCUCGGCAACAAUGUUCCAUCGAGUAUUCUUAUGUUUUGUAAUUCUUUUCACAUGUAACUAAUAAAUAUUAAGCACAUCAUGAUCUCAAUAUCCAACUAUGUUACUUACAA